AUGGCGUCCCAGCAUAAGCCUGUGCUCCUGUACGACUACUCAUUAUGCUACUGUCCCCGUCACUUCAAGACUUUGGACUCAAGCCGCCAAAUCCGCUUCAAGACCGAUGCAUCUCGACAGCUAUGUGGCGUUGGAGGGACAUCAGUAGAGACCAGGAUGAAGGUUCUUGAACAGUCCACCAUGAAGACCAUCGUGUUCUGCCUUCUGGCCGCCUCGGCUCUCGCCGCCCCUUCUCAGAAACUAACGUUUCGCCGAGGUCUCAACAGGAUCUUCGGUGGGCAGGAAGCCACACCAGGACAGUUUCCUUAUCAGCUCAGCUUCCAGGACACCACCUAUGGCGAGAACUUCUAUAUAUGUGGCGCUUCCAUUUACAAUCAGAACUGGGCAAUAACUGCCGGACACUGUGUUCAGGGAACUGACAUGGACAAACCUGACUACCUUCAGGUUGUGGCAGGUGACCACGAUAUGGACAACGAUGAUGGCACCGAGCAGAAAAUUAUCCUCUCCAAGAUUAUUCGUCACGAAGAUUAUGGUAUAUAUGAAAUGAGUAAUGACAUUUCCCUCCUCCGACUGUCCAAACCUCUGAUCUUCAACGACUAUGUUGCACCGAUCAGCCUGCAGACUGCUAAGGGAUACCUCGGUGAUUGUGUCGUGUCAGGCUGGGGCACCAAGGAGGGAGGACAGACUCCCUCAAGGCUGCAGUACGUCGAGAUCCCCACCAUGACUGAUACACAGUGUGGGGACUCAUACGGUCAAGACAAUAUCGGAGCAACUGAUAUCUGCGCUGGAUUUCCGGAAGGAGGAAAGGGCGCCUGUUUGGACGACGCUGGUGGACCUUUGGUGUGCGGCGGCCUUCUGACUGGCAUCAUGUCAUUUAGUUGGGGCUGCGGCCUUCCCGAUGCUCCCGGGGUUUACACUGAGGUGGCGUAUUAUAAGGAGUGGGUAGAAGCUCACGUUCAGUAGGUAGUAUGUAAGAUUCGCUUUUCAAAUAUUAAUAAACCGAAAAUUUCUUGAUCAACAAAGUUUUCCUGGACUGAAAAUAUGUACAGAGAUGCAUCCUUUGUUCUUUAUAUCACGUUGCUCGUAAGUUUGUAUCCUUGGUCUUAAUAUGGAAUAGGAACAUGGUAAUUUCCAAUUUCAAAAUAAAGAUCUUUUUCUUUAUAAAAAUUUACUUGACUGAUCGAUUUAUCUGUAAUGCAAAACGAUUAAACAAUACAUGGAAGAAAAAAAAGAAGUCAAAUUAUAAAAGUGGUGCUGCGGUUUAUAAAAAAAAGGAAAAAAUACAAACAGUACCAAAUUUUGUUUUUUCUUUCUUCUUUUAGUUUCAGUAAUCUAAGCACUUACAAAAAAGAGAAAGGAUGGUAUGUGCUAAACAAUACUCGCCGUAGCCACCUCUCCAGUCGGGAGAGAUACUCCCUACCAUAUGGUACUGAAAAAUAAAAACGAUAUUAAAAAGUGACAUAUAAUCCGGAUAUAGUCUAUGAAUAGUCCUUGGGCUGUUUAACAAGGAGUGGUUGAAGUGUUAUUAACGUGCUCUGUAGAUAAUGUAUAUUUUACUGUAUACUGGUGUUGGCGCUGUAUGUCAUAAUGC